UCGUUUUUUGCGAUCAUCGUGUUUCUUCUCUCUUGCACCAUUCUCACCUCUCAAGCUCUCUCGUUUUCUGUCACACGCAUAUACGCACGCACACACUAUGCCCUGUCUCAUUGCUCCGCUGGUACAAAGACCGACAGGACGGUCAGUAUCGUACCAGUUAGCAUUCGUUUUGGACGUAUGCAAGCUAAGAAGCGGUAUAUUCAUUCCACAGUGAGAUCUUGAAGAGACGCAUCCUUCGAAAGUGUGAACUUGGACCUGAUAAUACUGAAGAACUGCUAAAGGAUUUCGAGGGAGUGCGAGAAAAUUCCUUCGUUUCUCUCAAAGUUCGCGAUUUUCUUGUGGAAAAUUGAAUACGCCUUCUCCGUCGUAGUUUGAUAGACAACUUGGAGAUGGGCAUGAUAGCGAGAGUAAGACGCCGCGUUCGCGCAAAUUCGCUGACAGUGGACAAGGAAAAGACAGCGCAAAGCGUUUGUCUUCUAAGCGCAAUCCUUCUUCUGCCUUAUUGUCCACGCAGUCCUUUGCCGCUUUUACCAUCGCCUGCGCCUGUCUUAUAUUCAGCCCUUGUGUUACCAGUGGUUUUAAGCGCAAAUUACAGGUACCCGGUUCCAACCUUGAAGACUCUCGCCGAAGCAGUCAAAGAAGGCGGAGCCAAGAAAGCCUGGCAUCCCUUGAACCGCUUCCUGAGACGAUUGUACGCACCGGUGGAUCGCGCGGAGAAUCUCUUCCUGAAAAUGCGCAACUUUUCCGUGAUGGCGAAUCAGAUAGUUUUCUUGAUAUUAACGGACAAGGUGCUGUUGCCGCAACAGAGAUUGACCUGCCUAUACACGCUCAUGUUUUACAACGUGAUAGCCUACUGCGUAAGUUACAUUAAGGAGUUAAUUCAAAAGGAGGACUGGUCGCCGUACGUCACCCUGACCGAGAGAUCCAAGAUAAAGCAUCUCGCCAUGUCUGCUACCAAGAUCGUACUAGAAUGGACCAAAGCAGUUACAUUUGUCGUCACGUUGACCUUCAUGCUCCUCGUGUUUGGAUUAGAACAAGGUCUUGAUCAUUACAAACCUUCGUUGAUUUAUUCGGUGGUUACAUGGGUCUAUUACUCGGCAACUGAGAAGGUCUUCGUGGAGAUGUUUCCGACGAUUCUGGGCUUCUUGCAGUUAGAAGCGCUGGAGAACAUCGAAAAUCUGUACGCGCCGGUGAUACUUCGCUGUUUCACAAUUGCCAUAUCGGCAAUCUUCACCAUUCUGCUGUUGCCCUCAGCCUCCUGGAGGUUCCUGAUCGUCGCCACGUAUCUCAACGUAUAUCUCAGGUGGAAGGAACUAAUGCAGAAUUCAGGCGCGGUAUUGCGGCGAGAGCGCGAGAUGUUGAAUCGAUAUCGGAAGGCGACCGUCGAAGAGAUCGAGAAAUUCGAUGAUGUGUGCGCGGUGUGUCUGUGCAGCAUGACCAAGGCCAGAGUGACACCCUGCCAUCAUCUCUUUCAUGCGGACUGUUUGCGACAAUGCCUCAAAACGAGCGACAAAUGUCCCAUGUGCAAGCGCGAGCUCAAGUUCGACUAAACGACAAGAAGAAAUAUUCUUUUGAUCGUCUCCAAAGAUUUAUAAGGCUUUCGAAACAUAUCGUCGAAGAUGAGGAAGAACGUCUCGAACACUUAAAAUGAUACUUAUAUAUAUAAAAGAUUUAAAGAAAUCUUUUGUACAUAAAAGAUUUAUGACGUCGUUGGUGCCCAAAGAUUUACGACAUUCUUUACUAUGGUAAGGGUGUCACUCUUUUAAAUAUGCCUAAGAGUCGGGAGAAUUUCUUGUAGACACAGCUUAUAUUGCCCGGGAAAGGAAUCAAUGAAAGAAAGAAGCUUGCGAUGUUAUAGGACCUGGAUAAUAUUCGCAACGCUUGGAAUGUAUGUUCCUUUAGAGAUUACUGUGAUAUAGAUCAGCAGCACCGGAUAGUUUAGGAUUAUAUACCGGACAUACAUUUUACUAUCAUCGAUCGAAUUCGUGGCUGAGCUGAUGAAUCGUAAAUAACUUUAAUGUAACUGGCGAAUGAAAAUACGCUUACUUUGUAUUACUAUUUUUCGUUAAUGUAGCGUUAAUAUAAUCGAUCGAAAAAAAAUUACAAACUUCUUUAUACGUAUAUUUAUAAAAUAUUCUUUCUCUCUGUGUUGCAAAGUAUAUUAUACUCUAUUUCCACUCUUCUCUUUUUAUGAACUUAGAUAACUUUGUUAUAAUAUUUCAUGGAAAAUUAUUUUGCAAGAUUGUUAAUAGAAUUAGUGAAAUUUGCAAAGAGUAAAAUGCUGCAAAGUUUUGCGCUAUAAUUUGGUUUUUAAAAUUUGUGAUAAAAUAAGCUUAUACAUCAU